AUGUCUGAAACGCCGCAACCAAUUGCCGAGGGCAACCAGCCCAAGGCUGUAAAAGACAAAAACUGCGAAUACUGUGGCCAGGCCUUCACCUCGUCAUCCCUCGGUCGACAUCUUGACCUCUAUAUCAAAGAAAAGAAUCCAAAGCCCCCGGAUGGCAUCCAUGAUGUGGACGCUAUCCGAAAACUCCGUGGCAACAUCACUCGGCGCCAGCCUCGAGGUUCUUUGGGUGCCCGAAGAGACAAUUCCACCCCUGGCAGCACGCCAAAGCCAACAGCCGGGAAGACGGCGCUUGGACAAGACUCAGAUAGCUUCAAAGCUGAUUCAGCUGCCAACAAAUAUCCUUUUGCUGCUUCUUGGGAAGCUACUGGCGUAAUAAAGGACACGCCAGGCAAAAACGCAUGGGAUGCCAGUGCCCCUCAAGACGCUAACAAGCGCUCUGGCCUGUCCAGGAAUGUUAGCAAACAGAUGGCACAGAAGGCUCAGUUCGAUAUCAAGCAGAAGUUGACAGACGCAAUGGAUACUGCCAAAGCUGCCGAGUUGGCACUGAGAGAACUGGUGAGCUCGUGGCGGGCUGCAAAACAACAGACUGAUCGCAACUCAACGCCAUUUGAUUUCGAUCCCCUUGCCCUUGACUUCCCAUCUCUUGCCAUUCAUUGUCUGCUGCCGCCUCCGACUUUGUUCUCUUCAACCCAACACCCCACAUCAACAUCCUGGUCUCUUUCGACGCCAGGUAAGCGUGAAUAUGUUGCACUUCAGGCCUUUUUCCAAGAGGAAUUCAAGGCUUGGAAGGCUACCCAUGUUUCUGCUACGACAGCCGUAAUAGGGGAGAUGGUGUACCCUUCUGCGUUUGCAGUCUGGGAAUCUUUGCCUGUUCAGCGGAAAAGUGAGCUCUGGCAUCUGGAGCUGGCACGGGGAGUGGGCCGAAUGCAUAAGCAAAUUGAUAAGAUGAAAGACGAGCAGCAUAACCUGAAACAAGAGAACGCAAACCUGAAAUCGCACAUCGACCAGCUGAAUCGGCUGCAACAGCCGAGAGAGUACAAGAUUCUCACGCCAUCUACCAUUCCCGUGGAUCGAGAUGUCAUCGCGUAUCAUGAGCAGAGUGUUAUAGGGAGUAGGCUUGUUGGCUAUGAGCCAGAGGAUCGGCAUCUAGACUUGAGCACCGUUGUAGCCAAGUCAAUAGAAAGAUGGAAGAGUGUCAUCGCAUCGACCCGCGAGGCAGCCAGCGGCAUGCCUGCCCAGCGGCCUCUAGAGCAGGCGGCGGCCCAGACCCCUGCUGCGAACAGCCAAACCGCAACCAGUGCAGCUUGA